AUGAUUUUCAGAGACUGCCAAACUGUUUUGGUUCAUUGUGCCCGUCACCUACCUGCUCUCUUCAUCACUGCACCGAGGAGUCUGGAAGCAGUGAAUGGAUCCUGUUUGAUUAUCCCCUGUAGCUUCACACCUACUUCAGAGGAAGAGUUUGACAACAACAACAAAAUAGUUGCAGUGUGGAUUAAAGAUAAUUGGCCUUUUCAGAAUCAUCCAGAACGAAUAGUUUUUAACAGCAGUGAUUCAGUUAACUACCCUGAUAUCAGCAUCAUUGGAGACCUGAAAGAAAGAGACUGCACCACCAAGUUUAAUGUAUUGAAACUUGAAAAAACCACAAAGUUCUUCUUUCGAAUUGAGAAUGAAUCAUUCAAGGCAACAGCUGCUUUAGACCCUGUUGAAAUAAAACUGAAAGGUUCUCCUCCGAGGCCCAGAUUAGAAGUCUCAGCUGAUCUGAAGGACCUGAAGGAGAAGGAGUCUGUCACUGUAACCUGCUCAGCUCCCACUCCCUGUUCACACUCCCCUCCUCAACUCACCUGGAGCCUCCAACAAGACGCUCUCAGCCAAACUGAGGAAAACACAGACGGAACCUUCAGCACUCAGAUCCAGAAGACCCUCACUCUGUCAGACACACAUGAUGGAUUCAGCCUCAGCUGCUCUGCUGUGUAUCCUGUUGCUGGAGGAGAACCUGUGAAAACACCUGAGACAGAGUUAACUCUCAGGGUUUCAUAUUCUCCUAAAGACACGACAGUGUCCAUCAGUCCAUCAGGGAGCUGGGUGACCCUGACCUGCUCCAGCAGAGCCAAACCUGCCGUCAGCAGCUUCACCUGGUUCAAGAACAGUGACCAUGGACCCAUCAAAGUGUCUGAAGGAGACUUUUACACCUUUAAUGUGGCCAACAUAACAGAUCCAGCAAGUUUUUACUGUGUGGCUGAAAAUUCUCUUGGUAAUCAGACGUCAUUGUGGAUUCAUGUGAACAAAGCAGAAAACUCUGUUGAUGGCAACGGCAGCAUGGGUUUUCCGCCGGGCCACGGAGUGGAGGUGGGUAACAGGCAGAGCCUCACAGAGUCCUCUACCAUAGGUACUCCGGAGACAGGCGGCCAGCCGUCCACACGGCAGUACUCACGGUAG